CUGGGAGGUGGGAGCCGAAGUGACGCCCUUCCGGGAGUCGCGCACCUGGGUUCUGCUGCAGCCCGACUCGCGGCUGAGGCGCCGGUCUGAACCGGCGCACGUGUGAGCGCCGCGGAGGGAGCGAGGAACUGGACCAGGUGGUGCUGCCGGCUGGGCCGUGCUGACGGGAGGAAGUCCCGCGCGCGCGUGUCCCGCCGCCCAGCCCGCGCCGGUCACUCCCUCCUGUCUUGCGGCUCUUGCGCCUCUCUCUAGCGAUGCUGUGGAGCCGGUAUUGCUCUGGAGUUGGGUUGACAAGCCUCGCCUCGCCUCAGCUUUCCGAACGGCAGCGCCGUCGCUGCCGCUGAUCCUCCUGGGAUGCCCGCGGGCCUCACAGAACCGGCCGGCGCCGCCCCCCCCGCGGGCGUGAGCGCCUCCGGGAGCUUGACCCUGGCUCCUGCCGGGGUUCUGCCCGUCCGGGUGGAGACCACUCCGGUGUCCCUGAGCGCCGUGACUAAGGCGCCUGUCAGUGUCUGCGUGGAGCCCGCGUCUUCCCAACCACUGCGGUCUCCCGUGGGAACCCUGGUGACCAAAGUGGCUCCUGCCAGUGCUCUUCCUAAACUCAGCAGCGGCCCGAGGCCGCCUGCCCCUCAGAUGGUCGCCGUGAAAGCCCCCAACACUACAACUAUCCAGUUGCCUGCGAAUUUGCAGCUUCCUCCAGGAACAGUUUUGAUCAAAAGUAACAGUGGACAGUUGAUGUUGGUAUCUCCUCAACAAGCUGUAACAAGACCUGAGACAACAAGUAAUAUAUCUUCAAGGCCAACUCUACCAACAAAUUCUCAGCCAGUCAAAAUUUGUACAAUGCCGAAUUCGAGUUCACAAUUAAUCAAGAAUGUGGCAGUGGCACCUGUUAAAAAAUUGGCACAAAUGGGUACUACUGUGGUAACCUCUGUUCAGAAGCCUUCUUCAGUACCAUCUUUGGCUGUGCCAUCUAAUGUCACAGUUACACCAGUGAAGCCUUUGAAUACUAUAUCUAACUUGAAGCCUUCAAAUUUGGGAGCAUUACCUGCCCCUUCAAAUGAGCCCAAUCUGAAAGUAGAGAAUUCAGGAGCUGCUCAGACAAACCUGUCUCCGGCAAUGCUAGAAAAUGUGAAGAAAUGUAAGAACUUCCUUGCAAUGUUAAUCAAACUAGCAUGUAGUGGAUCACAGUCUCCAGAAAUGGGACAGAAUGUGAAAAAGCUGGUGGAACAACUUUUGGAUGCAAAAAUUGAAGCAGAAGAAUUUACUCGACAACUGUAUGUUGAACUCAAGUCUUCACCACAGCCUCACCUAGUUCCUUUUCUUAAGAAAAGCGUGAUUGCCUUACGACAACUUAUACCUAACUCCCAGAGCUUUAUUCAGCAGUGUGUUCAGCAGACUUCUAGUGAGGUAGUUAUUACUACCUGUGCCACAUCAGCAACACCUUCUCCUGUGGUUACAACAACAAUUUCCUCAAUCCAGUCUGAAAAACCGAUCAUUGUUUCUGGAUCAACACCCAGAACUAUGUCAGUACAAACUCUGAAUCCACUUGGUGCUCCAGGGGGAGCAAAUACUGGCAUUGUGACUCUUCAUUCUGUGGGUCAACCUGCUGUACCAGGGGGAACAACAGCUGGAACUGUUUUACUUCAGACUCCAAAACCACUGAUGACAAGUAUACAAAAUGCAGUUACAGCAGUCUCACUUCAGCCCGAAGCACCAGCUGUCUCCGGGGCAGCAGUAACACUGACCCUCCCAUCGGUAGCUAUAGGAGAAACUUCAGCAGCAGCACUUUGUCUUCCAUCUAUGAAGCCUGUUGUUACUUCUGCUGGGACUGCAUGUGACAAGCCUGUCGUUGGCGCUCCAGUUCAAAUCAAACUUUCACAGUCGGGCCCCAUUCUUUCACAACCAGCUAGUAUUCCACAAACAGUUAAAGUCAAGCAACUAGUAGUCCAGCAGCCUUCUGGAGGAAUUGCAAAACAAGUGACCACCCUUUCCCAUUCUUCAGCAUUGACCCUUCAGAAAACUGGACAGAAAAUGCCAGUGAGCACUGCAGUACCAACUACUCAAUUUCCUCCAGCUUCUAUUCUAAAACAGAUUACUAUGCCAGGAAAUAAAAUUCUGUCUCUUCGAGGAUCCUCUCUACAGAAAAGUAAAAUAAAAGAGAAUGGAACAACAUCCUUCAGGGAUGAAGAUGAUAUCAAUGAUGUGACUUCCAUGGCAGGAGUCAAUCUCAAUGAAGAAAAUGCCUGCAUCCUAGCAACAAACUCUAAAUUGGUUGGCACACUUGUUCAGUCAUGUAAAGAUGAACCAUUUCUUUUCAUUGGAGCUCUACAAAAGAAAAUUUUAGACAUUGGUAAAAAGCAUGACAUUACGGAACUUAACUCUGAUGCUGUGAACUUGAUCUCUCAUGCAACACAGGAGCGAUUACGAGGCCUUCUAGAAAAACUGACUACAGUAGCUCAGCAUCGAAUGACAACUUAUAAGGCAAGUGAAAAUUACAUACUGUCUAGUGAUACCAAGUCACAACUCAAAUUUCUUGAAAAGCUGGAUCAGUUGGAGAAACAGAGAAAGGAUUUAGAAGAACGAGAAAUGUUACUGAAGGCAGCCAAGAGCCGCUCCAAUAAAGAAGAUCCAGAACAGCUGAGAUUAAAGCAGAAAGCCAAAGAGUUACAGCAGUUGGAGCUUGCUCAGAUACAGCACAGAGAUGCUAAUCUCACAGCUCUUGCAGCUAUUGGACCAAGAAAGAAGAGACCACUGGAACCUGGGUCAGGAAGUGAGGUCUUAAAAGAUAACCUUGCUCCUGGAAUAGCCAGCCUACCAGCCACCAAGCAGUUGCUUCGUCCAAGAAUCACAAGAAUCUGCCUCAGGGACUUAAUAUUUUGCAUGGAACAGGAAAGGGAGAUGAAGUAUUCACGAGCUCUAUACCUUGCUCUUCUGAAGUGACCACUGUACUCUCCAUACAGAUCUUUGCUAUUUACUGCCAAAGGUGACGUGUGAAGAACAAUCUUGCACUGUCCUGAAAUUUCAGUUUCUGGAAAAUAACACCUAUUAUCAAAGGCCACUGUUUACAGUUAUAAACUUUUUCUGAUUCUUAUCUAUACACAGGUAUACAUCUAUGUAUACCUAUACAUAACAAGUGUUUAUUAAUAACUAGAAUUUAGCUUUGACUUAUGGAAAUUGGUUAUGAGAUAUAGUUUACACAGAAAUAGGCAUCAGCCUCCCUGUGCAUUUAAGUAUACCAACUUAAAGCCCUAGGUGUUAACUGUCUGCUUCGUUUGCCAAACUGUUAAUAGGUGAGGUAUCUUUCACCAGUACAGCCUGCAUUGAGGUGCAAGGGAAAAACAGUAUCAUCCCUUCCCCAAGAAUAUGUAUUUCAUACUUUAUGAGCCUGUCUCAACAUAAGGUUUUCUGGGCUAGAAUCAAAAGUUGCUUAGCUAAUUAUAACAAGCUUCAACAUAGGACCAAUGGUGACCAUGGUUGACUGGGUCCUAAAGCUGUCAAAAAUGAGACAAAUAGAGAUAAUCUGUGCCUGAGGUUACAGUUCUCUGGUUCAUAUCACUAUUUGUGUCUUCUGAAACCAAGUAACGGGGCAUGGGAGACCUUAAAAUCGAAGCUGUUGAUAUACCUCAUUGAAAAAUGGAAAGGGGGGUAAAGUAUUGGAAGCAAUGAUAGGGUAUUUGUUCAGUUUGAUAAGAGGAAAAUGAAAAUGGAGUCAUAAAACAAGAAGUGUGCCACACAUCCCCAGGGGCAGUGGUGGAAUUCAAACUCCAAAGCAACUGCUGUAUGCUGUGUUGACAAGAAAAAGUAACAGCCCACCCAAGAAGGUAAAUGUAUCAGACACUUUCAUAUUACAGUAUUUCAAAAGGAAGAAGUUUUUGUUCAUUUUGUGUAUUGUUUUAAAUAUAAAGAAGCAUAGUUUUGUAAAAAAAAAAUUUUAGUUACUCUUAAGUUUUAAGCAUCUUGUUGCAUUUAAAAUACCCUAACUAAUGAUUAGACAUUUUUAACAAUAGGGAACCUAUUUUGGACUCACACUCAAAAGGUAUUGUCAGCAUCUCACUCUUGGAGAUCUUGGUUCUAAAUAUACUAUGAGAAGCAUGUUAUAUUUAUUUGUAUAUAUAGACACACAUGCACAUCUGAGAAGGAAGUUUUUGCAAAGCAAAACUUUUUUUUUUUAUUCCACCUGUAUGGCAUGUAUCUGAUAAAAAUAAUAGCUGUAGUUAGAAAAAACACAGAAAAAAUAAGUGAAUACUCCAAGGUUUUAAAAAUGGGAAAGCUAUGCUUCUUAAAAUUCAAGGGUAAAAAUACAUUUCAAGUAUGUUACUCUUCAUCCUGCUCUUCCCACUGGGACUGUUAACGGCCAUAGUCUAUACUAGAGUAAGUUUUAAAUUGGCCACUUUUUUUGUUUCAGCAAGUUAUAUAAAAUGCUAUAAAUUAUGUGUAUGUUUGAAAAGUACUUUAAGAGCUGUACACUUAAAGUUGUUUUUGUAUAUUUAAAUGCUUAGCUUUAUUUUUUUGUGCAGCAUACUCCCAUGUUUGUGUAUGA